AUGAACAUGGUCUUUGACCACUUUCUUGUCUUUCUCAACGAGGACUUUGGCCUGCCGUUCAACAAGGCCACCUUCUACAUGUCCGCCUUCAACCUCAUCGCCCUCUUCUCAAAGCUCGGCGUCGGCCCGCUCGCGGAUAGGUGUAACAAGGCAGCCCUCAUCCUCUUUUUCAGUAUCAUGGGCAUCGCAGCCUCGUGUAUGCUCCUCGACGUGUCCGGACUCACCUUCACCGUCACCUCCAGCCUCAGCAAGGUUAUCACCUUUAUCGUCUUUUACGCCAUCGCGUACGCCGCCAUCUUCAGUCUCACCACCUCAGUGCUGCCCGAGUUUGGAAACUCCAAGCUCGGUGCCCGCUCCAACUUUAACCUCAUGCUCCUUUACUCCACCGGCUCGCUGGGCUCGCUUGCCAGCGGCUACUUGCGCUCAAACUCGGGCUCAUACAAAUGGCCCUUUGUUUUGAACAUCAUUGCGUUUGCCAUCACCGCCGCCGCCGCCAUGGUCAAAUACUUUAUCUACGACAAGAAGAUAAUGCCUUCCGCAAAGCUUCUGGCCGCUAAAGGGCACACGGAAAGAGUACAUUCUGCAUCAUCUCCGUUCGCAUCCUUCGAUUCUGCUCUUCUGUCUCUUGUUCUUACCGACGUUGUCUUUCUCUCAUCCUGCUGUGUUCGAUAG